AUGAAGGACAACACCGUAUCCCCUACAACGACCCCGAACCUCGAGAGCUUGCGUUUGGAAGACUCGAUUCUACUUCCCGAAGUUCCCGAAAAUGGUAUCAUGUCCAAGAUGGCAAGCAAUGUAACGUUCUACGAAGGCAUGACGGAGGACGAAGAAGACGCCAUAUGGGAGUCACGCCGUCUCGGGACUGGCCAUCACCAACGCCAGUUGAGUUUCUCGUUGCCUGAGGACAUGCAAGCCGUCAACCGACACGCGACGGAUCUCUUUAAAUCCCUCGCUCAGCGUGUCGUUACUACCUACCAAUCCCGCAAAGACGACCUGCAAAACGGCCAAUUGUUCAUUGCGGUAGCGGGCGGACCCGGCUCGGGCAAAUCGACGCUUUGUGAAAAAGUGGCGCAGCGGGUGAAUGCCCGGUUGGAACCGGGCAUUGCGGUUGUGCUGCCCAUGGACGGCUUUCACUACAGUCGAGAAUCUUUACGGAAGAUGGCCGAAACGGAGGCCUGCGUGUAUACGUACGAGCAGCUGUUGCAACGUCGCGGGGCGCCGUGGACGUUCGAUCACGAUUUGUGUGCCGAAAAAUUCAAGCAAGCUCGGCACCACGGCGAAGGGUCUUUCCCGGUGUACAGCCGAGAAAAGAGCGAUCCCGUACCAGACGGAGUUCAACUCAUGAUGACACACAAAAUUGUCUUUCUAGAAGGGAACUACUUGUUGGCGUGGGACGAUCCCAACUGGUCUUCCUUGCAAGGAGUCUUUGACGAAGCGUGGUACGUCGCCUGUACCACGUUGGAAGAACAACGAGAACGUCUCAUCAAUCGGCAUCUCAGCAACUGGACGGAAGAAAAGAUCCAGAUGUGGGGCGAAGGACACAUUGGCGCCGGACGCAAGGCCGACUCCAACGACGUCUUGAACUCUGCUUGGAUUGAUCACCACAGUCGCAAACAUGCCGACCUUAUUGUGGAGAGCAAAUAG